UUUUUUUUCCUUUCUGUUGGUAUCUAUCUCUUUUGAAAACUAAAAGUGAAGAUGACGCCACCUCCUUGACAGUGUCUGCUUUCCUGCAGGUCUCUGCUUCUUGGUGACGUCUGCAAGCACCAAGCUUCUGGAUUUACGGUAGUUUGCCUGGGACCCGCUUUUGAUAUGUUGGCCAAGACUCUGCUUUCUCUUGGUCUGUGGCUGCAGUUUGCUGCAGGGCAGGACACACCUAAGAGAGGUCCCCAGCCUUCUCUUUCUGGUUCAGAGGGAGACCUCCUCUUCUUGCUGGACAGCUCUGGUAGUGUCUCCAACUAUGAGUUUUCCAGGGUCAAGGAAUUCAUAUGGGACCUCAUAMGACCUUUCACUUUUGGCCCCAAUGAUGUCCAGACCAGCAUCAUCCACAUCAGCACCACACCGACCAUGGAAUUCCCUUUUGACCGGUACCUGUCUAGUGGGACUGUGCAACAAGCCAUCCGGGACACUCAGCAGCUGAUGGGUGACACGAACACAGGCAAAGCGCUCUCCUAUGCCAAGGAAAAGCUCUUCAGCAAUGAAGCUGGUGCCCGGCCAGAUGUGCCUAAGGUCAUGGUUUGGGUGACAGAUGGUUUCUCCACCGAUGACAUCUCUGAACCCAUGCAGCUCCUCAAGGACAUGGGGGUAACGGUCUUCAUUGUCAGCACUGGAAGGGGGAAUUAUUUGGAGCUCUCUGCUGCUGCCAGCCAACCUCCUGAGAAGCACCUGCACUUUGUGGAUGUUGAUGACCUGCCCAUCAUCACAAAGGAGCUUCAAGAUGCCAUCUCAGAUGCUGUCCAAGCCAAUCGGCUUCGUGCAGUGGAUAUCACCUCCAGCAGCUUCCGUCUGAUGUGGCCCCAAGUCCUCUCCCAAGAAACUGGCUACUACACCCUGGAAUAUUCCCCAGUAGAUGAUCCAUCACGAAAGAGGACAAAGCAAGUUCCUGGGGCUCACACUACCCUCGUGCUGAGCGAUCUUUCCCCGGAAACCACUUAUCAGGUGGCCCUCAUUCCUGAAUCCAACGUGCACUACAUCCCUCCCCAGACAACAAAGGUUACAACGCUGGCAGAGGAAAUCAGUCCAGCCCAGGUUCUCAUCUCGAAGUCCAAGCCACACAGCUUCCACGUGAGCUGGGCUCCCACACCGGACAGCGUGACAGGGUAUCAGAUCCUGUAUGGGCCGCUGCCUGGGAACUCGGUGGAGCUGCUGGAGGUGGAUGGCUCGCGCAAUGGAACUGUGGUGGGGAAUCUGGUGCCCAACACCACCUAUCUCGUGACAGUGACUGCAGUCUACAAAUCGGGACAGGAGAAAUCCCUGUCAGCUAAAGCCUGCACUCAGGAAGAGGGCUCCAAGGUGAGGCACCUUCGCUUUGAGAACAUGGGCCCCAACACCGUGAAAGCCUACUGGGACUCUGCCGACGGGAAGGUCCUCGGUUACCGGGUCAGAUGCCGGCGGCAGACGGGCCAUUCCUCCCUUAUGAGCGUUUCGCCGCAGACCCACAGCGUGCUCCUCACGGAUCUGGCUUCAGGCACCACUAGCAAAGUCUGCGUGAAGCCCGUGUACAAGAACCAGCUGGGCAAAGGGCUGUGCCACAUGGUGCACGUGCAGCCAGCUACAGAAGCCCAAGGAUAUAAGCACAGGCAGAGAGCAUGACAGGCACUGGAGUGAAACGGUCCCCCAUAGGGCAAGGUGAAAAGCUUGGACGAGAAGGAGGGAUCUGGAAACCUCGCAGAUCAUCUCCCAGGCCGCUCUGUGCAUGGAGUUGAAUCAGCUGUGGGUGGUUGUCGAGCCUGAAGGCUGUCCUUGUGGUAGGGCUCACCCAAAAGCUCAAGGUUUGCCUUAGAUGGAUUGAACAAGCAACCUGACUGAUAGAUCCCAAAUCUCUACCCUCUUAUGUAGCUAUGCCUGACAAAUAGCAAAGAAAAGGCAGAGGGAUGAGUCCUCAUUAUUGUAUGCUUGCUUCCUGUUCUCUAUUUAUUAAAAGUUGAUAUAAUUUUAUUUUUUCAGUCUACGAGCAUAAUCAAGAUGCGAUAGCUUAUUGCACUAGCCUUUUAUUCUGGGCACUUGCAUUCAGUGAACGGAUGCAAGUAGCCAAAUCCAUUCCUACUGUUAAUAACCUCCAAAUUGAUGUACUUGACACAGCUUUCCUCCAGCUGAACAGUGUAGUCCUGUAGGCAGCUCUGAUUAACCAUCCCAGAAGAAUGGCCAUUUCGGGAACAGAAGGAAAAAGCAUUAGGAGAAAGAACAACAACAGAAUACAAAACUGAACAGUACACGGAGGAGAUCAAGCCAAAGCCACCAGGGUUUCAGAAGAGAGGAUUAAAAGAGGUCAUUAAGCCACUUGACAUUUGGUCUGAAAAUGAGGUGACAGCCUGGGGGGACAGGGUCUGCCCUCUGUGUUCUUGAGGCUUUUCAAUACACUUCUAUUCUCUCUCUGCUGGACUUUGAAGUGUCCAGACCCCCCCAAGUCAUCUGCCUUGGGUGGUGGUGGCAUCAGUGGACAUAUGUUCUCUCAGUAACGCUUGCUCUAGUUUAAGUUUUUUGCUUAUUUGUCUUACAUGUGGAACACUUUUAAGCUGUGCUGUACAUUUGGAGAGCCCCUAUGCAAUGUCACUGCAUCCUGCAAACCCUCCGUAACUGCUUACAGGUUAUUUAAGCCAGUUCCUUUUGGAGCUGAGAGAUACUUUGUCAUUGACCUUGUCCUUGGGCUAAACUUGACCUAUCUAAAUUUAUGGAGUAUUUGCCUUGGGCUGUCUCCUUGUGCAGAGGAUGGAUAGGGGGGUAGAUGAGUCCCCCAUUAACUAAAUAAGGAGAUUAUGUAGGAUUUGUGUUCUCCUUUGGAAUAUGGCUUGGUGAAUAGCGGCUAUAGGGAGAGGAAGAUGCAACCUCUGGAAUCUCUCAUGAUCUCAACAUUGUCUUGUUCAUCUUGCCAUAGAACAGAGAUUAUUUAAUUCUGCAAAACUCCCUUCAUAG